AUGGCCCAGAGAGACCCCACGACGGACGAGCAGUAUGUGAAGAAUCUCGAGAAGGAGGUGCAACUCCUGCGGAUGCUCAAGGACCUCGAGAUUAAGCGGAACGCGGGCCAGGCCCUUGGGGGGGCGCCCGUGAUGACGUCAGCCGCCGCCCCCAACCCGCGGCUGGGCCACGUCGCCCAGCUGCGGCGCGGGCCUCGCGGCAAGAGCGAGAGCUUCUACGUAGUGCGCACCAGCAGCGGCAGCGGCGGCGGCGCCAUCGACCCGCUGGCCAAGCGCGACGGCUAUCGCGGCGCGGUCGCUGCGACGGCGCCCGGGGCCGACCGAUGGGGCGUACGCAGCGACAAGGAGGUGCGCACCUCGCGCUUCGACAAGGCCGACGGCCGCGGCAGGGACCAAGGCGACGACGACGACCGCCAGAAGCGCGGGAACAGCCUCGAGCGCAAGGCGGGCCGCGGUGGGCAUGGUGGAGGCGACCGCGGUGGGCGGGACAUGGAGCGGGACCGCGACAGGGAGCGGGAGAGGGAUCGCGGCGGAAGGGACCGCGAGGAGCGCCGCCCGCGGCCGCCGGACCGCCGCAACACGACCAUGAGCCUGGGCGACUACAUGAACCCGAAGGACAAGGCCGCCCAGCGCGGUGGCGGCGGCGGCGGCGGCGUGCCGGCCAGGUCCCAGUGCACCCCGCUCACCAACCUACUGGAGGAGACCCCGGCCGAGAGCCUCGCCACCGAGCUCAUCAUCGUCGAGUCGUCUGAGUCCGUCGAGACCGCCCUCCAGCUCUUGGGCGAGUUCCGCUUCACGUCGCUCCCGGUGCGGACCAACGACGGCCGAAUGGACAAAAUGAUCGACAUCUACGACGUCAUCGCCUAUCUCCUGACGCGGGCACUGCAGGCGUCCAAAGAGGAUCUGCUCUCCAAGAUGGGCGAAAUCAUGACCCAACACACCGUGCACGACGUGCUCAACAGCAUCUCCAAGUACAAGCCGUCGUGGCAGCAGUGCGGCGUCGGUUCCCGCGAUCCGCUGGCCUCGAUCGUCAAGGUCCUCAGCAAGGAGAUCCAGCAGUUCCCCCUGGGGCCGAGCGGGCACGACGGCAAGGUCAUCAAGCAAAGCUCCCUGCUGUGGUUCCUCAAGCAGAACUCGAGGAGGUACAUCAACACCCUGCGCGGCACCAGUGUCAACUACCUCAGGUACCUGACGACCAAUUCGACGAUGGCGCCCAAGAAUACAAAGGUGGUGGAGCUCCUCACGCUGAUGGUCAAGAAGAAGUGCCCCAUGGUGGCCAUCACCGACAACUCGGGGGCUCUCCUCACCACCUUCAGCUUCUCCUGUCUGCGGGGUUUGAACCGCCACAACUGCUCCACCUUGGACAUGAACGUGUUCGAGUUCUUUGAGCUCACCAAGCAACCGGUCCCGGUUCCCGUCUUCUGCGUGCCCAACACGUCGGUGGACACGGUGAUCGAGCUCAUGAACGAGAAGCAGGGGGAGAACGGCGUGUGGGUCAUCAACGAGAACAAGCCCGCUCGAGAUGCUCCACUGUACAGACCUCAUUCGGAGAAGAAGCAGCGCGAAGACCUCGAAGAGAAGGACCAGUACCUCGAGUGGGACCGGCGAGGCCCCAAAGCCAACACGGGACCGCCGGAGCAGGAGCCGGGAGCGCAGCCGCGGGGCUGCGAACAAUCGGGGCCGCCGGAGCAGGAGCAGGAGUAG